AUGGUCUACGUGGAGAGCGCCUAUCUGGAUGAGAAGCCGAGGGAAGCUGCUCCAGCUCCUCCUCCGGCCGAGGAGCAGCAAGCCCCUGAGGUCAUUCUUCAGGUUGGGAGCUGGGAAGUCAAUAGAGGUUUUGACGAUUGGUUCAGAACAUUGUGGCAGAGCUGCCCAAUCUGACGCCGCAUCAGCUCGACGAGGCCAUCGACUUGUACCGUCAGCAUCAUACGCCUCAGAAGCAGCAGCAGUACCGAAAUGAGCAGCACCAGUACCGACAGGAGCCGCAGCAGUACCGACAGGAGCAGCAGCACUAUCGACAGAAGCCGCAGCAGCACCGACAGGAGUCCCAGCAGUACCGACAGGAGCCCCAGCAGUAUCGACAGAAGCCGCAGCAGCACCGACAGGAGUCCCAGCAGUACCGACAGGAGCCCCAGCAGUAUCGGCAGGAGCCGCAGCAGUACCGACAGGAGCCUCAGCAGCACCGACAGGAGCCCCAGCACUACCGACAGGAGCCGCAGCAGUACCAACAGCGAGCUCCUCGUGAGUACUGAUAAAAUCCUUGGUCAUAUAUGGUCAGACCUUUUACAAGACCCCUCCUCCAGAAUUUUAUAAACUACCUUCCUAAGGUAUCAUUAUGGCCAAAAAUACCGCCCUGAAAUUGAAACUUGAUUUUAUUCCAAAUUUCCCGAAAUUUUUGUAAGCCAACUCCUUCUCCUGGGCUGAAUAAGCUCUGAACUUAGUUGAAGUUAAGGAGCUGUAGAUGUCAUUCUUGAGCUUCCAGGAUGAUGAACCAGUUUAGAGGAAUUUUAAGGCACCACUUUAGGGGUGAAGACUUUUAGUGAGUCCUCUAGAGGUUUCUUUCUAUAAAGUUUGAAACGAACUAAUAAUUUUUGUUUUUACUCAAAACUUCUAAGUUCCUAGUGUUCCCUGUAGUGAUUAGAAGGUUCAUAAAAACAGGUUUUUCUUAUCUACAAGACUAUUGAUUUGAUUUAUCACCAGUUUUCUGCUUUUGGGGUUUUUUCAAAGGGUUUUUUUUUUUGGACUUAACUAGGGUCUAUAGAACACUGAGAAGUUCAAAACCUGUCAUAAACUUACAGAUGAGGUUCAAUCGGAAUACUACGACUUUGACGAGAACAUUCCGGCCAUGUACAGAGAGCAGAAGCGCGCCGCCGCCUACGCCGCAAGGAACAGCCCUUCAGUGGCCCCUCCAGCCGUCCAGAACGACUUGGUGACGUCAUUCGAUCGAAGGAAUGAGCAGCAGCGUGGAGCUACUCCAGCUCCAUCGAUUCCCAACCAGCAGCACCGUCUUCAGAGCGGCAGCACUGAGCAACACCAAGAAGCUUCUGGGUACAAUUUUUAGAGAUUGGAAAAAAUAGCCAAUGAUUAACUAGUAGAAAGAGGACCCCGAAAUGAUUUCAGAAUCGGAAACCUAGAGCAGUCCCUUCACACCAACUGCCGCAACUACUUUGCCCCGCCAAAAGCCCUCAAAAACUUUUACGCCAACAUGGCCCGUGUCGCCGAAGUCGCCGGCGUUGAUGUAAGUGGUCAGCAAAAAAGUUUCGACCACGGCAGGAUUCGAACCUGCAAUCUUCUGCUCCGUAGGCAGACGCGUUAUCCAUUGCGCCACGCGGCCGGUUGCUUUGGCAGCUGGCGGCGCGCACUGUCAUACUGACGGCGGCAUGGGUUACAGAACAUGGCCAGCGCCGAGUCGACGUACAUCUUUGAUACUUCGGAAGCGGAGAAGAAUCUCGUUUCCGGACAGCAGUACACCCAGGACUAUAAAACUCUUCGUGAGCCGAUUUUUCAUGAUUUAGGGGAAAAUUUAGUUUUUUUUAGAGUAUAUCCCUGGAUUUUCGCCUCCAGAUGAGAACCGCGAGCUUCAGAGGGCUGAUGUUGUCGUGAGUUUCUUAGGGCUUGAAAAUUGUUUUAUUUAGCUAUUUUUUUUCUGUUCGAAAUACUGCUGGAUGUGUAGAAAAUCAUGAAGUAGUUUUUGAAAAAGUUCUCGAAAAAAGUCGUUUUCUGAACUUUUUUUAGGAGCUCAACCCCUAUAGGGACCACUAAAAGCUUGUAAAAGUGGUCCCUAGAGGGAAAAUUGCCAGUCAAUAAAUUUUAGGAACAAUAUAAGAAGAAGCAUUUCCAUGCGAAAAACCUAAUUAAUAAGCGUUUUUUGAAAUUGAGAGACCCAUAUAGGGAUCACUUAAGCUUUAGGGGCUAACGGGUCAGACCCUAAACCCUAUAGGAACCACUUUUUCGGCCCCUAUACGGGCUGUUUUACCUCCAAGCCCCUCUAGGGGUCACUCUGAAAUUCCUAAGAUUCAAAUUAUUUUUUUCAGUUGUAUUUUCGGUUUUCUUUAACUGAAAUCUCCGUUUCAGUCGCCAAAUGGCGACCAACGAUCCCCUGUAGUGGCCACUGAGAACGUCUAUCGCAUCGUCGGCGCGGUUCCUCAACUCCAGCAGCAAUUCAACGCUGCUGAACACGCUGAGUACUUCCAGCAGCGACGCGAGAACCCGGCGCAGGUCGAGACACAGUCGGAAGGACGUGGAGAAGAAGCGACGGAGAGCUCGACCGAGCAGGCCUCCGACGAGAAGACUACCACCGAGGCGGUAUAUUUUUUCUUGAUUUUCGAAAAUCUGUUUGAAAAUCAUUGAUGGUCGUUUGAAGGAGCAUACACUAUAUAUAACUUUUUGAAACUUUUUUUAGAUUUUUUUAUAUUUUAGGUUAUGAAAAAGCUUUCAAUAUUUAUGGGAGUGUUUGAGAAAUGAAAACCUGAAAUUUUAUUCAAAGCGCAUAUUUCUCCGAUUUUUCCAUUCUGAAAUGAAUAGUUUAAGAUGUCGGAAUACGUCGGUUUCACAAACGAGGAAACUUUUGCCACCGCCCAGCCGGUGAGAAAAGAAGCUCAUCCAACUGGCGAUUCUUCUCGCGAAUCUCGUUAGUUUUUUUUCUCGAAUUCUAUGGUGAAUUUUCCGGCACCGGCUCACACUACACUUCCCGCUUCCGUAGCACCAUUUCCUCGCAGGAAACUUCCUGCGAAACUGCUCAGGUCUUGAAAAGAAAAAUUUGUAUGAAAAUGUGAAUUUAGCUCGGCCCCAGCAAGUUUUCGAAUCUUCCUUCACGUGCUAUCGGUCAACACGCUUCUCCCAAUGCUAGAAGUGCACAGGUAUCUUGAAUUUUAUUGGCCUUCUUAAUCUUUUUAAAGGAAUCAUAUUUAAAAAAAUGUUCAUUGACCUUUAACAAUCGCUCCUAAAACGAACUUUCAGCCGCGUUUUAAAAUUAUUUUCUCCUUCUGCAAUGAAAAUUCAAAGAAAGUUGAAAAAAAUAUCAAAAAGAACAAAAUUACAGGCCGGUCGCAACGUUGGCGGCUACGCUUUCCAGCCGGUCGACCAGUUGGGUCCCUCGGAAUAUCAAAUGGCCGACCUCAACGAGCUCUCCUCCCUGCUCGAAGCCAGAAACGGAUGA